CUACAAUUGUGUUAUAACCCUUGUUCCGAAAGGGGCGUGGUUUAAUGGCAUCUUGCUCUUGCCGUGUGCGCGGAGGGAUUCGGAUCUGAUAUGCAGUGCGGCCGUGGCCUAUUCACACGACGUGCGGCCUAGGUGCAGUGAAGGAGACGGGAAUUUCCCGGGUGUGAGGCGCCCGGUUUGCUCAGGACAGCGGCGUUGAUAGAGGCUGAGUUCCGGGAACUGUCUCGGUACGGCUGUGGGUCUUCAGGAUGACACAGUUCUUGCCUCCAAACUUGUUGGCGCUCUUUGCACCUAGAGAUCCAGUACCAUACCUCCCUCCUUUAGAUAAACUACCCCAUGAAAAACACCACAAUCAGCCAUACUGUGGGAUUGCUCCUUACAUAAGAGAAUUUGAGGACCCUCGAGAUGCUCCACCUCCAACUAGAGCAGAAACCCGCGAGGAGCGGAUGGAAAGGAAGCGAAGAGAGAAGAUUGAAAGAAGACAGCAGGAUGUCGAGAAUGAACUUAAAAUAUGGGAUCCACACAAUGAUCAGAAUGCUCAAGGAGAUGCCUUCAAAACCCUUUUUGUUGCCAGAGUGAAUUAUGAUACAACAGAGUCUAAGCUACGACGUGAGUUUGAGGUGUAUGGACCUAUAAAACGGAUUCAUAUGGUAUACAAUAAGCGGUCUGGGAAACCCCGUGGAUAUGCCUUCAUUGAGUAUGAACAUGAAAGAGAUAUGCACUCGGCAUACAAGCACGCAGAUGGGAAGAAAAUAGACGGAAGGCGUGUGUUGGUCGAUGUCGAGAGAGGACGUACUGUGAAGGGAUGGCGCCCACGCAGACUUGGUGGUGGUCUUGGAGGCACAAGAAGGGGCGGAGCUGAUGUCAAUAUCAGGCACUCUGGCAGAGACGAUACAUCUAGAUAUGAUGAGAGGGAUCGUGAUAGGGAGAGGGAACGGGACCGCAGAGAAAGGAGCCGCGAGAGGGACAAGGAAAGGGAGAGGCGCAGAAGUCGUUCUAGGGAGCGUAGAAGAAGAUCACGCAGUCGGGAAAAGGAAGAAAGAAAGCGUAGCCGAGAGAGGAGCAGGGACAAGGACAAGGACAAAGAUAAGGACAAAGACAAAGAAAAAGAUAAGGACAAAGACAGAGAUCGCAAGCGUCGGAGUCGUAGUAGAGAGCGCAAGCGUGAACGUGACCGCGACAGGGAAAAGAAAGAGGACCGCGUUGAAGGGGAAGUACCUGAGUCUGUAGAUGUCCCUCAAGAUGAUGCACAGACUGGUGAUCUGGGCAUAGAUGGCAUAGAACUUAAGCAAGAGCCUGAAGAAAAAAAUAGAGAUCGUGACAGAGAGAGAGACAGAGAAAAGGACAGGGAUAAAGACAGAGAUAGGGAUAGAGACAGAAGGCGCAGCCAUAGGGACAGGGAAAGAGACAAGGAUCGAGAAAGAGACAGGGACAGGAGGCGAGAUAGGGACCGCGAUAGAGAUAGGGACAGGGAUCACAAACGAGAGAGAGACAGAGGUGACCGCGGUGAAAAGAGAGAGGAGAGAGUUCCCGAUAAUGGUAUGGUAAUGGAACAGGCCGAGGAGACCAGCCAAGACAUGUACUUAGAUCAAGAAUCAAUGCAGUCUGGAGAUGGUUACUUGUCUACAGAGAACGGCUAUAUGAUGGAGCCUCCUAUGGAGUGAUCUUGUUUAUAAUGAGGGAUUCCUCUUCCCCACAUGAACUUCUCUUCCACAGCCAGAUCUGUGUGCAAUCAGAUGCUCCCUUACAACUACAUGCGGAUUUGAUCUUUCAUACAGUUAUACAUUUUUGUUUUAAAUCACAUGGAGUAACCAUACUGUAACGCAGAUCAAACUACAUUCGUCUUGUUUUUUUUAUUCUAUUUUUUUUUUUUUUAGGUGGGUAUGUUUUACAAUACAAGUAUGUAGCCAUCAUCUUUGAACUUGUGUAAAGUCGCAAACAUUGCCUUUCUUUUUUUAAAUGGCCUCACGAGAAUAAAAACAUUUUUAAUGUUGAAAGAAAACGA